ACGAGGAACCAGUGCAGACGACAGUCCCAAAACAAACCGGUUUUCGUGCGGAAGUAACCCUUCAGAUUCUCUCUUUCUGGACAACCCCCCUGGCAGUGGAAACCAAUUUAUCACAUAACAAAAUGAAAUCCUCAUCUUCGUCCAGCUUGUCCCGGCGUGCUCUCGUUGCCCUGCUGGUAUGCACGCUGCUCAUAGACCUGAGCGUCUUCACCGAAGCUCGGCCUCAGGAUGACCCAACAUCUGUGGCCGAAGCCAUUCGACUUCUACAGGAACUGGAAUCAAAACACGCCCAACACGCUAGGCCAAGGUUGGCACGCAGUGAACUGUCCCCAAAUUAUAAUGGCGUUCACUCGGGACUUGACAAAAUGAUUGGAUAUUUCAUCCUAGAAGCAAUCGAUAGAGCACAUUCAUCUGAUGCUAGACCAAGGUUUGGCAAACGCGGCUACAUGAAUCCAGCUGGUUAUGGUCAAGAUGAACAGGAGGAUGAUUGGCAGGAUUCAGCAUUUACAAGAUGAACAAAACAACAUAAAUUAAACUAUGAAUGAGACGACAAUCAGGAGCUAUCAUAUCUAGCCUGGCCAUCACGAUAGCGUCGGAUAACGCCAUCAUUUAUCUCACGAUCAGCACAAUAAGCCAUGAUCAAUUUCAAUAAAGAUUAAUAUCAAAAUAAUUGAUACAUGGGGCAAAAAAACACAUCAGAAUAAAAUACUGCAAAUAACAAUCAUCGGUUGUUAUAAUUGGACUAUGAGGAAUAAGAUUAUUUGAAACAUACAAUAUUCUGCUACAUAAUCUUUCUUUGUAAGGUAUGUUUAAAUAAUCAGGCAUUAAAGUAUUUCAAAAGAGGAUCUGAUUUCAAAUAGUUAAAAUUACUGCUACGAUUGUUUUCAACAAACGAAUCACAUGUACAUAUAUAAGCGUAUAUUAUACAAGAACUGUUUCAGCAUUAGAAUAAAUGUCAAGAUUCACUGCGUGGUAUCUGGCGCAGUUAUGAUGUUCUGACCGUUGAGCAAAAAUAAAGUUCUCUAAAAGAACAAACCAAUA